AUGAUCUUUGGUGGCCUCGAGAUAGUUGCCGGUGGAUAUCUCCUCCACCGACACUACCGAAAAAAGAAUGAGAAAGAGAGGGUCGAUCAAGACACGCAGCAUAAGCGGAACAAGACGUUCCCGGGUGCAACUUGCACCAAACAACAGCAGAACUGGCCUCAGCAAGCCAAUCACCAUGCCCAACACCAACAACCGCCCGCGAUACCGCCGCAAAAGUACGCGUGUUAUGCCCCCGUAGUGCCGCAGCAGCCUCGCCCGCAAUUCUGUCAAUCCCAGGCAGAGCCUCAAGCGAACACGCAGUUCCAACACCGGCCGCACGCCCCUCCCCACACCCAGAGCUUCAACAUCCCGAGACGGCCGGUCCCGCAGCGUAAACCCCAGAUCAUCAUUCAGCCUAGCCUACAACGCAGCGACUCUUUCGCAACCUUAUCGCGCAUGCCCAUUGCAAACGGGACACGUCCACAGAAUGCACAGGAGCAAGAAAGUCGAGCCUUGUCGCCUGCUAUACCGCGCAAUGGUCCGUAUGGCAAUGCGGGCUUCUCCGUGUCAACACCAGCUUUUGGCGCUACGCCUACAUCGCCGGGCCUCACAUACGAGAUGGCUGGCGAUCAGGCGUAUAGUGCUGGACAUACUGCCAAUCAUGAUUGGGAGACAUACAGAUAUGAGCAUGGCCACCAAGGGGCAGCUUAUACGCCUACCGUAUCUACAGAGUUGGGGGAGUAUGAUGCGCCACCUCCUCCUUACAGACCCUGAGGUCAUGAAAAAGCAGCACAGCUUGUGUCUUUCAGCUUUAGAGGAAUGUUUCUUUUUUCAUAUUAUACUUCUCAUCUUCUUAGGAGAUGGUUCUUAUUUUGCGUUUUACACUUCAUACUUAGGGUCAUAUCAGGCUGUAGUCUCUUUAAUCAUAGAAUGUCUUACCUUCUUCUAUCCAAUUCUCACCAAUUCUCAAGAGAUCAGCAAGUCCGCAUUUGUUGUCAAAUAUUGCUGAUAUACAUGUUUGUAACCU